GGUUUUUAUUUUUUGAUUUUUUUUGUAUCCUCAGUGCUGGUGCCUCAGACAGCCGCCCCCUGGACCUGCCCCUCCAUUGCUGAGCUCAGGGAAGUGACACGUCCCCUGUCCCCCAGCCCAGAGGCAGCCAUGGCUGCAGAGGGUCCCGGGCAAAGUGUCUGGGAAGAAGCGGCGCGUCCCGUCUUUCUGGAGGAUUUCACAGCCCCCGUCACUCUGGAGUGUGGGCACAAUUUCUGCCAGGCCCUCCUCAGCCUUCAGGGCAGAGACACUGAGCAGCAGGAACCCCUCCGGUCCAACCGGCAGCUGGCAAACGUGGUGGAACUAGCCAAGCCACUGAGUUUCCAUGCAGCAAAGAGAGCAACAUGGGGCAGGGUGUGUGGGGAGCACCAGGAAGCUCUGAAGCUGUUCUGCGAAGAGGAUAAAACUCCCAUCUCUAUGGUGUGUGACAGAUCCCAAGCUCACAUGGUGGUGCUCUUACAGGAAGCUGCUCAGGAGUACAAGGAAAAAUUGGAGGCCCACUUGAAGACUCUGAGGGAGGAGAGAGAAAAGGUGCUGAGAAGGAAAACAACAGCAGAAGGGAAAAGACAGGAGUAUCUGAAAUGGACCCAAGCCAAGAGGCAGAAGAUUGUGGCUGAGUUUCAGCAGCUGCGGCAGUUCCUGGAGGAACAAGAGCAACUCCUGCUGGCCCAGCUGGAGAAGUUCGAUGAGGAGAUGGGGAGGUUCGAGACUGACACUUUCAGGAAACUCUCCGUGCAGAUUUCCCGUCUCAGCGAGCGGAUCGGUGAGCUGGAGGGGACGUGUCAGCAGCCAGCAAGUGAAUUCCUGCAGGACGUCAGAAGCACCCUGAGUAGGUGUGAGAUGGGGCAAUUCCAGCUGCCCGAGGAGAUUUCCCCUGAACUAGAAGAACAAGUCAGCAGUUUCUCCCAGAAAACGGUUGCUCUGUCGGAUAUUUUGAGGGAGUUCAAAGAUACUCUGCCCUCUGCACUGGAGAGAGCAAGAAGAAAAUCCCUGGGAGCUUUCAGACAAGGUUGCAGAACACCCAUGUCUGUCUCCAGCUCAGCCCCUGGCCUGCAAAGCCAGGGACAGGAAAUGACUGUGGUGGAGCCGGUGAGCUUCGAAGAGGUAGCUGUGUAUUUCUCUGAGGAAGAAUGGGCUCUGCUGGACCCGGGCCAGAGAGCCCUCUACAGGGAUGUGAUGCAGGAGAAUUAUGAGGCUGUGAGCUGGCUGGGAUUUCCAGUCUCUGAAACUGAUGUGAUCUCCUGGGUGGAACGAGAGGAGGAGUUGCGGGUCCUAGAUCCCCAGAGCCGUCAGGAAGGAGAGAUCAUCAGCAACAUCCACACAGGUUAUCAUGGAGAAUAACUCCCAUCUGGAUUAUUUCUCUAUCCCAACAGGUGAGGGGAUACUGACUGAGAACCAUAAGAGUCUUCAGAAGGAAGG